GCCGCCUCUCUCCUCCCCAGAAACACAGACACACACACACACACGCCACAUACCACUCUCUCGCUUAGCUGCAACCGGUUUGUACCGGCCGGCGUCUCUCUCUCUCUGCACGGCAGUGCGUCCCCCUCCGCCGCCUCCCCGUUGGAGGAGGAUGCAAGGGAGGGAAAGCCUGGCGUUGUCUGGCUGGCCGACCGACUGACCCACCGGCUGGCUCCCGCCGCCUCUGACUUCACACGGCCUGAGGCGUCCAUAAAGAGGGGGCUGCUCGCGGGGGAGGAUCCCCCUUGCAGGGCCAGUCGACGCUCCGCUGCCUCCUUUGCCCAGGACGCCUGCCGGGCACGGCGGCUGUGGCAGGCGGGGCAGAUAUCUGAAGGUCAUCUGUGGUAUCAGGGUGUUGUGUUUUUUUAUCCUUGUCGGUUAUGGACUAAGGAGACAGUAUUCAGCAUCGAAAAGCAAACACACCAGACACUUAAGUCUACACCACUGAAGCUUGCUCUUGUGCUGACUUGCUGUGACAGUUUCUGAUCCCAACCUUCGGACUAAUCCUGGACAAUGGUGUUCCAGAAGUCACCAGAUGGAGGAUGGGGCUGGGUGAUAGUACUCGUAUCCUUCUUUACCCAGUUCUUGUGCUAUGGCUCUCCAUUAGCUGUUGGAGUUCUGUAUCUAGAAUGGCUGGAUAUUUUUGGAGAAGGAAAAGGAAAGACUGCAUGGGUUGGAUCCCUUGCAAGUGGAGUUGGAUUACUUGCAAGUCCUGUUUGCAGUACGUGUGUGUCUGCUUUUGGAGCAAGACCCAUAACCAUUUUCAGUGGCUUUAUGGUUGCUGGGGGUCUGAUGAUGAGCAGCUUUGCACCUAAUAUCUACUUCCUGUUUUGUUCCUAUGGAAUAAUUGUUGGACUUGGGUGUGGCUUACUAUAUACAGCAACAGUAACGAUCACAUGUCAGUAUUUUGACAAACGCAGAGGCCUUGCACUUGGUCUGAUUUCAACAGGAUCAAGUGUUGGACUUUUUAUAUAUGCUGCACUACAAAGAGAACUAAUUGAACUGUAUGGCUUGGAUGGAUGUUUGCUUAUUGUUGGUGCAUUGUCUCUAAAUAUAUUAGCAUGCGGGAGUUUAAUGAGACCUCUGCGAUCAUGCAGUUCCUCCUUACCAGAAAAGCCAUGCCUUGAGAAGAUUCCAGAUCAGUACCUCAUUUAUAAUGAAAAAGAAAAUAAUGUUUACGAAGAAAAUAUAAACAUACUUGAAAAGGCCACUAAUGAAAGAAAAGGUACAAACAGAACAUCUUGUAGAGAUUGUAAGCAGGACUCUGUUAUACCCAAGAACAGCCUACUAUCAAUAACACCAAGAGAGACAGACACGUACAGAAAGAAAGUUGCAGAGCAGACACAUUUUUGUAAACAGCUUGCCAAGAAGAAAUGGCACCUGUAUGUAGACUACUGGAAGGAAACAUUGGAUCUUUUUAAAAACAAAGUAUUUUCAUCACUUUUUAUUGCCAUCUUCUUCUUUGACAUUGGAGGCUUUCCUCCUUCAUUGCUCAUGGAAGACAUAGCAAGAAGUUCAAAUAUUGGUGAAGAAGAUUGUGUCAUUCCUCUCAUUUCCAUCAUAGGCAUUAUGACUGCCAUUGGUAAACUCGUUUUAGGAAUACUGGCAGAUUUUGAAUGGAUUAAUACUUUAUAUCUCUAUGUCUUGACUUUAAUACUGACUGCAGUGGCACUGGUUUUGAUUCCAUUUGCCCAAAGUUACAUUACACUGGCAAUACUUUCAGGGAUUUUAGGUUUUCUUGCAGGCAAUUGGUCCAUUUUCCCAUAUGUCACAACAAAGACUGUUGGAAUUGAUAAAUUAACACAUGCAUAUGGCAUAUUGAUGUUUUUUGCUGGACUUGGAAACAGUCUUGGACCACCAAUUGUAGGUUGGUUUUAUGACUGGACAAAGUCCUAUGACAUAGCAUUUUACUUUAGUGGACUUUGUGUUCUGUUCGGAGGGCUGCUUUUGCUGGUGGCAGCACUGCCAUGUUGGAACAGCACGAACAGUAGCAAUCAACCAGAAAAGCCACUUCCAAAUAUGUACUCCUACAAAGCUGCAUCCAGUGCAUAGGUGACAAUGUGGAACAGCUGGUUCCCUUUUUAUACUGCACAGCAAGCUAUUUUUAGAAAUCUGUCCACUUAUUUAUGAAGUAAAAAUACCUUUUUAUACUCUUUCGAAUUCCUUUUAGCUUUGAUCCAGAGCCUUUUGCAUCCAUGGGAUUCCCACUGCUGGCUAUGGCAGAUGAAGCUCCAUAAGCACAAGAGGCCUUUUGCUUUGCCAUUGUCAACAAUCAGCCUUGCUUGUGCCUAUGAGCUAUAUUGCUGGAUUACAGCCAGCUUACCUAGGGGCUCUUAAAGUACACACACAAGCUCCAAUGUGAAUGUUGAACUCCUGUGCAAACGUUUCUCCACUGGCUUCAGUGUUAGGAAGCUUCAUAUGUGCGAUGGAGAGAUUAUCAUGUGCAAUCGUGAAAUUAAUAGAAAGGUCUUUCCAUGUGCAAAGUUUUACAUGCACACUGAAGUACCCAAAAGGAGAUCUGGACUGGUGUCAGCAUAUUCGGUCUCUGGCAAUGUCUUUCUUUCAUGCCCAUGUUGUCUUUUACCACAUGUUCACCAGCUUGAUAUUUUUGUAACGGAACAAAGAAGUGUUUUAUACAAAUGUUUAUGUAAACAUUUUGCAUUUGCUUAGUUUUGACAAAGAUGGCAGUUGCCUCUCUCUCUUCAGAAAUUUUGAUAGCUCUGUAGUGAGAGACAUAUGGACCUGAAUGUAAUGUGUAUUUUUGGUGCUUGCUUCCUGAUAAGGUAAAUGCCUUUUACAAGGUCUUUCUUAUUUGUUAUUACAAGGAGGAUUUUGGUCACAUUAUCUGUGAAGUAAAUGCUACAGCAAGACUUAAGGUUCUAAAUGCCAUUGAAGAUGCUGCACUCCAAAUAUUUUACUGCUCACUUCCUCAGAAGUCUAUGUUUUUAAAACUGUUGAACCAAAAUCUAUGAAGCCAAGGAAUAAAUAUAAGUUGUAAAACCAGAAAUCUUCA